AUGACUUUGGAAAUGAAGUCAAAGAAUAGUGCAGCCUCAACAAAGCAACAGCAGCAUCAUCAGAACCAGAACCAGACCCAGAAGAAGCAGCAACAAACACAUCAACAAACGCAACAACAACAAAAUGAUUGGAGAGCACUUAGAUCAUUCCAAUUGCUACAGUUGUCAAAUGAUGAUGAGUUCAAUGAAUUGAUGGCCCAAGCCAAUGACAUACAACAACGUGUCAACAGACUGAAUGAACGUAUCAAUGAUCAAAAGAAUGACGUCAAUCUCAUCAAACUCAGUCUGUACUAUGUCAAGGAGAAGCAACAGCUGCAACUUCAUGGUGGCGCCUCCACUGCCAACAGCAAGCACUCAUUGAAUCCAAAUGGAUUGGCGUCGGCGUCGACCGCCACCAACGAGGCCAUCGCCAAGAAUUUUGAGUCGAUCAAGCAGUCGAUCAUCAACAACGAGAACGAAUACCAGGCGUUGAUGGACGACGAGUGUAAAUUAAACGAUCGCAUCAAUCUUUACAUCGUGUCCAAGUUCGAGCUCAAGAAGAAUGAGAUCAGCAACCCCUACAUCCUCGAGGAGCUCAAGUACGCCUAUCUCUCCAUCGUCGACUCCUCCAAGCGAACUCAAUACAUCAACACUUCAAAUGACUAUGAUGAUUCAUUCAAUCAACUGCCCUACGACACCAACAACAUCAACAGCAACGGCAUCAACAACAAUCUGAAUAGCAGUAAUAGUAGUAUAAGUAGUAAUGGUAGUAGUAGCAGCAGCAAUAGUAGUGUCAGUAGUAGCAGUAGCAACAAUAGCAAUGGCAACUCGACAAACACCAAGAAGUAUAUACUCAAUGACAACAACUCAUUCACAUCACAAUCACCUCUCUCAUUCUACUCAAUGUUAAAUAUCCCUUCGAAAUCAUUCACUUUCACUCAACCAAUCAAUACCAACAACAAAUCUCCAAACCAAUGUACACAGCCAACAAUCGACAAACUGAUAUUUAUAAAGGAGAAUGAGGUACAGGUGCAGUUGCGGUGGUCAUGCAGCUCAAAUGUACAGGAGUUCUGCCUGGAGAUGAUGAAGAAGGAGGACCCUCAACAACAGCAGUUCUCGGUGAUCUAUCGAGGCUACAACAACUACUACACAACACCUGGAUUGGAUAGUGGCAACUACUCGUUCAAGGUGCGCGCCACCAAUCGUUUUGGCGUUGGACCUUACAGCCUCGAGUUCACCUACGUGAUCAACGACUCCGUCUUUCAGGACUACAAGGCAGUGGCGCCCACAAAGGAGGGCGGCGAGCCAAACGGCAUCCAUCCAGCACUGGCCAAACAGCAGCGCGAGCGCAAGGAGAAGGAGCUGCAGAGACAACAUGCAGAGGAGUUGCAGAGGGUCAAGAAGAGAGAUGACUUGUGUCACGAGAUCAACAAGUAUCUGAAUCAGGCCAGCAAUGCGAAUGCCAGCAGGUCGAUAGCAUCAAGUGAGGAGCUGCUUAAGAAUCUGCACGACCAUCAGGCGCGUCUGUCUCAGCAGUGUGGCGAAGCCCUGGCCGCUGCCGACACUGCCUCAAACACGCUGCACGGGGCCACGCUGGAUCGCCUGUCGACCAACAUCCAGAAGCUCGAGGAGCUGCUCGAGUCACACCGCGUUGUCGGUCAGUGGAAGCAAACGAUCAAGAAAUCGAUCUCUGACUACCUCAACUCGGGCAGCCAGGAGGAGGACAGCGACAAUGAGUACUACGACGCGCUGCUCAACGUCGUGUCGUCGCUGAGCGCCGACCAGACCGAGCAGGUGAGGAGCAUCGUCUACCAGAUGGUCGUUCAGACACUGAGGAAGAAGCUGAACGUCAACAACAACCUUCUAAAGACGAGAUCAAGUGUAGUAUUAGACCAGUUUGCCAAGAGGACCGACGUGUUCCACCCAGAGUGGUGCGCCGAGAUGGAGAGUCUGUCCAAGCAGUUGAUGGCCAAGGUCGUCAAGCCCAAGAAGAAGGAGCCCGCCGUCAGUCCAGUCAAGGCUGAGCCACCACGCAAGGUGUUGCCCAACAACAAAAAGGAGUUGGCAACCUCAUCCAAUCGCAAACUGCAGCUGCAGCAACCUCAACAGCAGACCACAAAGCUGCAGAUCAAGACGACACCAUUGAUCACUGUAGAGCAAAGACAACCAAAUCCCCCAACAUCAUCAUCAAACCCCAAGCUGCUGCCAACAAACAACAACAACUUCAACGCAAUUGAGCAGCAGCAGAAGAAGACGACGACUACAAUUACACGACCACUCGAUGUCCCGUCUCCAUCAUCAUCAUCAAUGGCGGCCUUGUACAUGCCAGCAGAGACCCACCACCAACAAGUUUUGGGUACCCAAUUCACGCCGCCACUGUCACUCUCACCUCUUUCCCAACACACCCAAUCACAAGCACAGCCCAUUCCUGUAGUCAAGAACCAAUACUUCCAUCUCCACUCUUCACCAAUGUCGCCACCACCCCUGUCAUCGCCAAGCAUGUUGAGCAACCAAUAUCCACAUCAAUACCAGCACUCAUCUCUCAUAUCUCACAUCCAGACAACCAACAACAACAGCAACAUGAACGACGACAUCAUGUAUCCAAUCAAGAAUCACAGCAAGCAAACGCCACAACAGUUCAUUGUGUCGCCUCCCAAGCAGCAACAGCAGCAGCAGCAACAACUGCAUCAACAGCAGCAACGUCAGCAACAGCAGCACCAGAAUGACGCUCAACGCCACGACCAUGAACACCAGAAUGGAUACAGCAAUGGCAUUGGUAUUGGCAAUGGCGGCAUGGAUGGCUUCAACAGCAGCACCUUCAAUUUCAACAUUAGCCCCUUUGAAUGGGUCGGGUUCCCCUCGGUGUUGACCAACCUGACGUCGCCACUUUCACAAUUGAGCCUGCUGUCCCACUUUGAUGCGCCCUCCACGCAUCACCAUCAUCAUCAUGCCGCGGCAACAGCGAAUGGCCAUACCUCAUCGACACUGUCGCAAUCCCUUUUUUCCUUUGAUCCACAUGUCCUGGAUAGUAGCAGA